UUUAAACCUACGGCGUUCGAUCCACGGCAACUUUGAACUUUUAUUCUUCGACUGCUGCAGAAGCGUGAAAUUAAGGAGACUUUACGAAGUGCCGAGAUGAAGACUCUGAUCGUCCUUGCUCUUUGUGUCGUCGCGGCGUUCGCGGUGCCACCACCGCACGCCCAGGGUAAACCCAUGAAGGUGAAACAAGUCCCCGGAAAGCACCAUUUCAAUGUUCACGCUCAUGAGAAGGGCAUCUUGGUCCAGGAGAAGGUCAACGUUGACCAGGGCAGGAAACUGAUCAGUUACUAUGUCCCUCAACACAACCAGGUCGACGAGUCCGAAUUCAUCCAUGACUUCAAGAACAAACUGAUGGUGAUGAUCUUCCCCAAGCAGAAGGCUUGCUAUGUGGCUCCUCUUGACAAGACCGAGGUCCAAGACCCAGACACCACCGUCGCAGCCCUCACGGAGGCCGAGAAGGACGGAGAUAUGCCAGUUGCCGGCAUUCAGACCAGCGACUACAGCAUUGAGGGAACCCCACAGAAGCCAGACAGCCUCCUGCCAGAGGACCUUAUCCCCAAGUGCAGAAACUUCGCCACCUUCAGAGCUAAGAAGAUGAUGGAGAGCUUCAGCGUUGACGAAAAAGACGGCAGCCGUAAGAAGAGAGAAACCCCCGCCAUGACCAUCAUCGAGGAUGAUUCCUGCAACAUGUGCAUGAAGCCAGAGUGUGUCGUCCAGACCCGCCAUUGCCAGUUCAUCGUUAUGUGCCAGACUGCCACCAACAAAUUUGGCGAGAUCGUGCCAGACUGCAGCAAGAAACAGGAGGUUCACAAGUUCUACAACGUCAACCAGUGUAAGCCAUGCUGCGACAUGAACCACCAGGUGUAUUUCCCACCAAUGCCAGAAAUCGGAUAUCCCGGCGGAAACAUUGUCUGCAGCAAAAUGAUGGCAAACAAGGCCAAAUCUUCCUAUCCAAACUGCCGUGGACAGUAAAUUUGGAACCAAAAAAUAAAUAAUAAUAAAAGACUCAGACUUUCUAUUUUUCAACCAUUCUCUUCGAUGAAUCUUAAUUGUUU